AUGCGCGGUGUUAGCGACGCCAUCCAGGCUCGCAGCAAGUGGGAAUUACGCGCGUCGUUCGAUUUGUUUAAUUCUGCUCAGAACGAGGUCCCAAACGCUGAAAACCGUCACGAAACGGCUGCACUGUCGUCGGAUCAAGAUAGCGACGGGAAGGAGAACCGCGCUCCUCUUAUUGGUCACGAUUGGGGUCACCCGAACGUCACGAUGAGGCGCGGCAGUCGACAGUCACUACUAGAAGCCGAGUUGUUGUCCUUCACAGAUAAUGCUGAGCACUCUACAGCCUCCUCGCUGCUCGGGAAGCGUCCAGCAGCACGCAAGGCACUCAACGCGUCUAAUGAGACAAAGGAGGAGGAGGAUUCUGAUGAGGAGCGAGCACAGCGAAACCCGCUUGCGAUGGCUAAUGCUAUGACUCACUUCGAAGCGCGAGCGUUGGCGCUCCAUGCAGAAUCUUUGGGCUUGGAUGAGGAGAAUCUCGGAACAGGCUCCGCUACGAUGCUGGUGGACGACUUCAGCCACAUUGGCCAAAUUCACUUCGGCUCUGUGCCACUGGGCGAACGCAGAAGCAGACAAUUGACACUGGAGAACGCUAAUGAAGUGGGAAAUGCCAGAGUCAAGUACGAAGGAUACGCCAUGAGCCACAACGGCGAGGCUUCUGCACAGAGGAAGACGAGGUUCAAGUGCGAUCUGCACGUCUGUGUGGUGGACGCGCUCAAGUCAGUGACACUGCGAGUCACGUUCGAGCCACUACCGUCGGAUGUGGGGAAGGAAGUGGCAGCCACGCUCAAGUUCACAGUAAAUGACAGCUUCAAGCUGCAGUGUCGAGCGACAGGCUUCGUGAUGCCUCGUGUGGCCAGACUGGCCAAGUUUGGCAAAGCAAAAGCUCCCGUUGAUACUAUCGUGGUGGCGCCUAGAGCGAAGCCGCAUCGACUGCCGAGGAUACCAGAAGAGAGCACCAGACAGGGAUCAAGAAGUACAGCGCUCGCAGCACAGACAGCACGCGAAGGCGAGCCGGAACAGGAGCCUGUGGUGAGACCUGGACCCGUAGUGGGAGGCAAACGUCCCUCGUCAGUGGCGAUUGAGUUUUCGCCGCCUCGAAAUGGACCAAAGAGGAGGAAAUGCGAGCCACCGAGAGCUCUAACGCCGAGAAAAAGUGUCGGCGCAUUGCAAGAUCCUACUUCGAAGAAGCGAUUGACUGGGUCGUGGUGGAAACAGAGGCAGGAGGUGUUUGAUGACAACUGGAUGGCGAAGCAGACGCAAGGAUUCACGAAAUGGAUAAAUUAUGUGUUGCUGGACGGAACUGCACAGCGUCUGGGCGGCAUGGACGAUGACGUAGGCCAAACGGAUGGCGUAAAGCGCAGAUUCGAUUUCUCGUCGCUGCGGGUGCUUGCUCAGAAGCGUAUGGAGUCCAAGUGGACGCAGGCUGCGCUGGAGCUGUAUCAUUCCCCCAGUAUGGACGACAUUCUAGAGAGUGUGAAUGAUGAGAUCGGCAACAAGGGGCUUCUAUUUCGCGCAGACCGUCCGGUGUAUGCUGACGUCGGCUUGCAGGAGGAGCUAAUCAGCCUCUUGAACAACUAUCACCCUGUCUGGCUCUGCUUGGGUCUCAACGCUGUGUUGGGCAGUCACGUCAUGAGACAGGAGAAGUGUUCGCUGCGAGCCGUCUUCCGGGUGACUGUCAUAGUGCCCAGUCCAGCGAAGAAAGACGCCCCACAGGGCCGCAAGAUGCCUCAAGUGCUACGUCGGAUCAUCUUGAAACACCUGGUUAAAGACGUGGACGUCGCCCAGAACUACCGCCUGGUGAAGAUUCUCAUGACGCCAAUGGACGGCUCCACUGCCGACCGCCAUGACGGUGGCAAUGCCUUCACGAACACCAAGAAGAACAUCAACGGGCGAGAAUACUUUGACUCGUUAACGCAGUCGUUCAUGCUCAAGUUCUUGAUGCUGGUGAUUUUCCUGGACCGCGCGAUCGAGCGGAAAGCCGACAAGUUCCCGCAUUUCCCGUGUCUGUUUCGAGUUGCUCCUUUGACCAAGGAGACCGCGUCCAGCAAAGCUCAAAGCGCUGGCAAGAGCAGCAGUCAACGCCGUGAAGCUGACGCGUUGUGGGUGAAGCGCUCGCAGGUGUUCGUGACCGAGUUCUGCAGACUCUUUCUGGCGAGCGAAGGGUGCAUUGACAAGCACCUGAGGAAACUGGGCUACACGCUCAAGCACGAGCAGACGUCGUUGGAUGAGAUCGAUCUGGAGGUCCAAAACCUGGACACGGACUUGCGUGAUGGCGUCCGCCUUGCCAAGCUCAUGGAGGCGCUUACGACUGUGCCAGUGUCGGCGGCAACAGACCAGAACGGGGAGACUCUCUCUCGGCCUAAAGGCUUGUCAACGUUCCUGCGCGUUCCGGCUUUGUCGCGAUUGCAGAAAGUGCACAACGUCGAGAUUUGUCUGCAUUUCUUGCAAGACAAAUGCGGCGCGAGCGUACUGGACAACCUCAAGAGCAGCAGCAGCAGAGGAGAUAAGAGGAACGGGCGCGUGCGUGUGUCUUCGUCUGGAUUUGCAGCGUUACGGGGCAAAGUGGACGAAAAGAUGGUGGAGAAUCUAGCCAAGGAUAUCGUGAACGGCCACCGCGAGAAAACGCUGGCGUUGCUGUGGAAACUCAUCAGCUGUUUCCAGCUGCAGUCUCUUGUGGACGCCCAGACGAUGCGACGCGAGAUCGAGAAUGUCGUCAAGCGGAUGAGCUUCCGAGCCAAGGAGUUGUUCGAUAACCAGCAGCAGAGCGAGCCUCUCCUCCACACAGACGAACAUGAAUGCUACACGCUCUUGCUGGAGUGGUGUCGUGCUGUGUGUGCCAACUACAGCGUCGCAGUAAGCGACUUCUCGACGUCGUUUGCCGAUGGCCGAGCGCUGUGCUACCUGCUCCACUACUACCAUCCAAUGCUGUUGUCCAAAUCAGACAUUUUGGUCACAACCAGCGACGCACAUGCCCAGCAGAUGAGUGAGAAGACCCUCCUGAACAACGAGCAGCGGCACUUUGCUACCAUCAACGACCGCAUCAAGCAGCUUGGCGAGGUGCCAGUGCUAAUGCCGCAGCAGUACAACACCAAGAACCCGCCAGAGGACAAGAUGGUGGUCACGUUCGUGUGCUACUUGCAGUCUCGUCUCAUGGACUCGUACAGCGAGAUCCACGCUGCUUGUCGACUGAAACGCUGGUGGAAGAGCCCACUAGUUCGACUGAAGUUGCAUCGCAAGAAGAGCCGCAGUGCUCGCGUUGUCCAGCGGUUCUGGUACACGUCCAGUCAGAAGCGACUGGCUGUUCGUCAGUGCCGCAAACUCUUGCGCGCUGCUCAUGUCGUUAAAAGCACAGUGCAGACCUGUGCCGUCAGAAGGCAAUUCGUGCGACUUCGGAGAGCUGUGGUGGCCACUCAACGAGCAUUCCGAGCUCGUCGGCAGAUGCGUAUCAAUGGAGACUCUGUUGGCGCAGUUCUUGUGAUCCAGUAUCACUGGAGGAAGCAACUACGAUGGAGGCGGGAGAAGGAACGACAGAAACAAAAGGCCGUGCAAGAUAAGGCCGCGCAGCGAGUGCGUGUGAGGGCGAGUUGUGCUGUCAUCGAGAGGAACUGGCUGCGGUAUUUGUCUAGAGCAGCAGCUCGUCUCUUCCGACAGCAAUUGAUCGCGGAUCGACACGUUGCUGUGGCCCAAAUUCAACGCGCGUGGCGGCGAUAUCGUUCGCUUCAAGUGGCUCGGAAGCACCGCCAGCAGAUGUGGCGACAAAUGCAUCGCUCAGCAGGAAUUCUUCAGCGCGUUUGGAGUGCAUAUCGAUGCCGUCGCGAAGAGACUCAGCGGGUUCUCGCUCUGCAGCGAUUUGAGCUGAUGAUGAAGGAGAAGGAGCUGCAACGACGGCAACUCAAGCUGAAGAACAAGGUGGAAACGCGUGCUGUCAAGUGCGUCCAGAAAUGCUUUCGCAAGCUCACGCUACGUAGGCGAGAAGUGGCUGCGACCAAGUUGGCGAGUGUGUUCCGUGGCAAGAAGCAAAAGCUGGCGUUCCAGAAGGAGAAACUUGCUGCUGUGGUGCUGCAGAGGAAUGUUCGUGCGUGGCGUCGGAGGCGGCAACUGGCGGCGUUGACGCAGUUCCACAACAUGCUGAGGAUUUAUCAACAGAUGAAGGCGACUGAAGCGCAGCGGCGAGUGAUGCGGCUGCAGGAACUCAAGCACAAGGUGGAGACGCGAGCUGCGAGUCGUAUCCGGACGAUAUUCGAACGCUAUCGCUUCCAGAAACGAACGCUUGCUGCCGUGAAGAUGCAGAGUUUGGUGCGGGCGUGGACGGUGAAGAACUGGUACUCUACUGUGCGAAAAAGUGCGUGUGUACUCCAGAAGAACGUGAGGAUUUGGCGUCGUCACACUCAACUCCGUGCGCUGCUGUCGUUCCAGAAGAUGCUCGUGUGCUAUCGACGCAUGCAGCGAGAGGAGGAAGAACUGCAAGAACGGAUUCGCUUGAAGCGUCUUCAACGUCUGCAGGAGAGCGUGGAACACCGUGCUGCGACGCGAAUUCAGUCAGUCUAUCGGCUCUACGCUUCUCACAAGCAGCUGCUGGCAGCUACGUUCAUCCAAGCGGCUUUCCGUGGAUUUAUCACGCGACAGCAAUACGCUAAGGCCUCCACGAGUGUGCUGGUGAUACAAAGAGCGCUUCGUUCGUGGCGGGCGGUGACGAAGUUCCGACGAGCGUUGCGUCUCCAUCGUGCAGCUGAGAGUAUCCAGAAACUCGCGCGUGGAUGGAGCUCUCGUCGUCGCCGGUUUGACUUCUACGCACUCCAGAAGCGUCUGCAGCGUCUGCGCGUGUUGAUAUCGUGCUGGCAGAUCGAGUUCUGGUAUGCAAACUGUGCGAUGAAGUACCGCAGGAAGCGAGCUCUUAUGGUGCGCGCUCACUGGACGCGGCUUGGCGCUGCAAUCCAGCAGAAACGCGUCGCUGAUACCGCCAGAAUCGCUUCUUGCUGGCGCACAUUCUGCCUAAGAAAAGCUAUCGACGCACGCAUCCAAGACAAACGACAGAGGAACGGUGCAGCUCAACGUAUGCAGGUGUGGUGGCUGGGUCUGUGCUGUAAGUGGGCGGAACAACAGCGACGAGCCGAAGAGAAGCGUCAGCGAGAGAGGGAAGAUCUGGCUUUAGCGAUGGCUAGAGCUCGUUCCGCGAGUAUCGUUGGCUCGUGGCUGCGUGAGAAGGUAAUUUUACCUUUCCGAGAGCGAAACUUCCACUUUGUGGCAGUGCGGCGACUUCAGGCGUGGUGGCGAGGAGCGCUGGUUCGCUUACACCACAGCAGUCCAGAGGUCACACGGCAAAGGAAGAAGUUAUCCUCCAUGAAGCUAAUUGGCCAGGAGACUCACCCCAGCUCUGGCACUUCAGCGUCGAGUCUGCAGCAGUUGCGAGUCAAGAGUCAUGAAGAGAGACGCGUCCAGACAGAGCAACCGCAGACGCUGGGAGCACGACUGGACAUGGCUCUACACAUGCUGUUGCAUGGCAAGCGACUACAGGACAUGCUGUUUGCCAGCCACACUAUCGAGGUGUGCACACGAUACUCGCGUGAGUGUUGCCGUAAGUGCGUGCGACUGCAGAUCUCGUCCACCAUCUUCGCUGCGAUCCGGGGACUGAACCGAAGCCGUCCGCAUGUGGAGCUCCUGCACCAAUUGCUGCUCGUGCUGAAGAAUUUGACAGUGUACCGACGCUCAGCAGACAAGAGCAGAGUGAAGCGAGUGGUUGCCAUUGAUGACAAGGACCGACUCGACGUGGAUCUGCGCGCUUUGGACACGCUGGUGGACCUGCUGCACAUCCAUCGCGACAUGCAUCACGUCUUCGUGCUUUCUGCGGAUGUUAUCACGUACUAUUUGGAGCUGCUGAAGCCUCUGGUCGACCGAAAUGCUGGUGUGCAGGAGAGCUGGAGUGAAGCGGAGAAGCGUCUGAGCUGUCUGAAGGAGCUUUUGUCGAGGAAGUUGGCUCUGUACAACGCGACGGCUUCGUUCCGACGCGUGAACCAGAUCCCGAAGAAACCCCAUGCGACGAACCUGAUGCGAAAGAUGAACCCAAAGACUGCCGUUACUAUCAUGGAGAAGCUCACAGUGUUGCUGGAGCGGUGA